AUGGUUGGCGUCGGAGGCCGCAGCAAGGCCUGUGGCACUUGCAAGUCUCGCCAUGUCCGCUGCGAUGAGCGCCAUCCGUCCUGCCGCCGCUGUGAGAGAGGCGGCUUUACGUGCCAAGGCUAUGAGCGUCCCAUCAUCUUCAUCAAUGCAACGCCCAGCGUGGCACACAAAAGGCUUGUUAUGUCCUCGAGGCCUGAGGACAACGACUCGUUCAGACUUUCAAGCCAUUCAUUGUCAUCAGAACUGACGAGUGCAUUUCCUGCCAAUCCUUCAAGGCAGCCUGCUUCCCCCCGACUCUAUUCUUCAUCGCCUAGCACCACUGGCCUCGCUGCCGGCACCAGUCAGACGCUCGUCUCCGAGCACGCUCGCCGCUUCAUCCAGCAGCUCCUCACAGCGCAGGGCUUUGGGCAACGUUUCAAUCAGAUCUGCUAUUCUAAGCCUAAUAAGCGAUCUUCCGUGCUGGAGAUUUCCGUCGAAGCUGCUGCGCUGAUCCUGCACGGACGCCUUACCCAGAAUGCUCUGAGCGUAUACCAGGCGACUAAGCUGUUUGGCAUGGCAUUACAGCAACUUCGGACCCAGAUCGCUCAUGGAUACGGUAUAGGGGAGUUGGCGGUGAUGGCCGAUGCAUCGUUGCUCGUGGCAAUCAUGAAUAUGACUCUGUUCGAGUGGGUUUCGGGCUCAACUAGGGAUGCAUGGAAGCAACACGUCCGCGGAUUGGCCGCCCUGAUCGAAUUAUGCGGCCCAGGAGCAUUUCGUCGUGAACCCAUGAGACAAGCUUUUGAACAAGCGAGGGCACACAUUAUGGUCCUACACAUGGAUGAGUCGCAAAGGACGUUUUUAAAAGAGCCCUGCUGGCAACAAGUGCCCUGGAGCCACGACCCCGGCAAGAAAUCUUUCCGCGGUCACUUCAUAGACAUCAUUUGUUGCAUCCCUGGCCUUCUGGAAGAUGAUGGAAGGCUUCGGGAGUUGGAGCGAGUCUCCACAAACACCACGGCCACUGACACAUGCGCCCAGAACAGACAGCAAGAUGCAAAGAAAGCAGAGUUGGAGUUGCAAGAUUCCAUGCGGCAAAGAGUCAUACAGCUUUACACAAAAUUGCUCAACGUGCGUUGGCGGUGGGAAUUGGAGCAUCCCAACUGUUGUUACGAGAUAUCGGUGCAGCAAAGCGGCCCCCUUUUGUCGGUGGAUGAGACGACAGGGAGGCCGAUAUUCGACACCGUGCUGUUUUUUAAAAGCCUAAUGCAGGCUAUUGAGAUGAACUUUUAUCACAGCUGCUUGUUGCUCCUCCACAGCUUCGCAAGGGAUCUAGGCAUCAUGGACCAACUGAUACUGCUCCACGCCGUAGGAAUAUUCUCUAAUCUCCCUGAAGACGCCGAAUCCAUACAUAAUGACGUGAGAGGUGGUGACGGCAAUCAUUGCCCUCCAUCUACGCUGCCUCCGCCGUUCUCUUUCAAAACCAACAAUGCACUCGUCUUUCCGUAUGAGGCUCAUUCGGACCAUUACGCUACGCGGGAUAUACUUCGCAUCGCCGAUUACCUACUGCAGCCGAAGCAUGGACCAGCCGGGGCUUACUUCUUCAUCUUUCCACUUCGCAUCGCGCAAAUAUACCACGAGCUUCUCCGCUCAAUACCGGAUGACGAUCCUCGUCUCAGUACUCGUAAUGUUCCAUUCCUCUUGGACUCCGAAACGGAUGGCAAAUCGCAGGAGCCGCGUGAGAAUCAAAUAGCCGGCGUCGCUAUCGAUAUCUGGUCGGACACCAGUGCUGGUGAUGACGGUUUGAACAGCCAUAUGGGCCAUAUCAAUACUCAGGUGGCUACGCAAUCACGGAGUCUACAGACUGUACAAGCCGCAUCAGAGACGGAGAAAAAAAGCUUGACCGAGUUUGAAUACAAUGACCUGGUAUCAACUUGGAUCCAGAGGAUGAUGAGGUAUAUGGGUGACGUCCAGGGCUUCAAUAUAACAAGUAAUUACAACUAA